AUGGCACACUCAAAACGAAACACCUCCCUCCCGCACUUCACAUCCUACGAACGCAACCUCCUCCGCUCAACCUGGGGCACAAAACGCAGCGUAAUCGGCCGCGACUCCUUCCUCCCCUUCGCCUCAUGCCGGCUCUGCCUCCAACCUGCGCGCGCGCCCGUAGUCGCCUGCGCCAGCAACGGCGACCUUUUCUGUCGCGAGUGCGCGAUAAACGACCUCCUCGCGCAACGGCAGGAAAUCAAGCGUCUUGAGAAAGAUCUAUGGGGCUUGAGGCGGCGAGGAGUGGGGCGAGUAAUGGGAGGAAGAGGAAAGCAGUGGGUGAGGAGGGGGGAAGAGGAGAGGGCGUUGGCGGCGUUUAAGGCGAGAGAGGUCGAGGUUAAUGGAGUUAGGAAGAAGGUUUUUGAGUUGGAUGAGAGGGAGAUGGCGAGGGUUGCGGCGGAGGAGAGGGAGAGGUUGAAGAGUGAGAUUAAGAAGGAGAAGAACUCGAGUAAAUCGGCACUCCCAUCAUUCUGGGUCCCAUCUCUUACACCGUCGACGGACCACGAUGAAAUCACGGCGAACAAAGCUGUCAAAUUAACGCCCAUGUGUCCCGGCUCAAACGAGACACAUAAGCAUAGCUAUUCGCUCAAGUCGCUGGUCGAUGUACACUUUACGGAAGAAAAGGCUGAGGACGGGACAGUGUCGCGCGUGUGUCCCAGUUGCAAGAAGAAUCUUAGCAAUGGGUUGAAAGCUAUGCUGACGAAACCUUGCGGACAUGUUAUUUGCUCGCCCUGUGUCACGAAGUUUAUGACUCCACAUGAUGUUCCAGAUCCGCAUGCUUCUAAGGAGGAGCAGGCGAAGACGGCCGCGCUGCAUGGAUUGGUCUUGUGUUAUGUUUGUGAGACGGAUAUCACUCCCAAUGGGGAUGUGACGGGGUUGAAGAAGAAGUCUAAGAAGAAGGAGAAGGACGCUAUUCGGCCUGGGCUGGUGGCAAUCAGCUCGGAGGGUACAGGAUUUGCUGGUGGUGGAGGCAAUGUGGCUACCAAGACGGGCGUGGCGUUUCAAUGCUGA